CAUCCGACUGACGGCGACAGCUGGCAAUGUGUGGCCCGACCACUUGACGUUGAACCAAAGGUAUGCCGCUGGCUCGCAGCUUGUCCGUCACGUCCCUACCUGGUUUGGAGGAAUGGGACGAGGAUUUUGAUUUGGAGGACGCCGUACUUUUUGAAAUUGCCUGGGAGGUUGCGAACAAAGUCGGAGGCAUCUACACAGUCAUCCAGACCAAAGCCCGCCUGACGUCAGAGGAAUGGGGGGAAAACUAUUUCCUGGUGGGCCCUUACGUGGAGAGCAACGUCCGCACACAAGUGGAGCUCAUCGAGCCCACAAACCCUGUGCUCAAGAGGACCAUUGACAAGAUGAACUCCAGUGGGUGUAAGAUCUACUUUGGUCGAUGGCUCAUCGAGGGCAGCCCGUAUGUGGUUCUGAUCGAUGUGGGCUUCACUGCCUGGUCUCUGGACACCUGGAAGAGUGAGCUGUGGGAUCUCUGUGACAUCGGUGUUCCGUGGUUCGACCGCGAGGCCAACGAUGCCGUGCUGUUUGGCUUUUUGACAGCCUGGCUCCUUGGAGAGUAUGCGGCCCAGUGUGAUGAGACUCCUCACGUCGUGGCCCAUUUCCACGAGUGGUUGGCCGGCCUGGGCUUGGUGUUGUGUAGACAGAGACAGUUGCCCAUAGCAACUAUCUUCACCACUCACGCCACACUCCUGGGACGCUACCUGUGCGCUGGAAAUGUCGACUUCUACAACAAACUUUCAGAGUUCAACGUAGAUAAGGAAGCAGGCGACAGACAGAUCUACCACCGCUACUGUUUGGAGCGAGCAGCUGCCCACUGUGCCCACGUCUUCACCACUGUGUCCCAGAUCACAGCCAUUGAGGCGGAAAACCUGCUCAAAAGAAAACCGGACAUUGUCACUCCCAACGGACUCAACGUAAAGAAGUUCUCAGCCGUGCAUGAGUUUCAGAACCUCCACGCGCAGAGCAAGAAUCGGAUUCAGGAGUUUGUCAGGGGACACUUUUACGGGCACCUUGACUUCAACCUGGACAAGUGUUUGUUCCUCUUCAUUGCUGGAAGAUAUGAAUUCUCCAACAAAGGAGCUGACAUCUUCUUGGAGUCUUUGGCCAGACUCAACUACCUGCUAAGAGUAAAUCACAGCGAUGUGACCGUCAUUGCAUUUUUUAUUAUGCCGGCUCGGACAAACAACUUCAAUGUGGAGACCUUAAAGGGUCAAGCGGUCAGGAAGCAACUGUGGGAUACUGCUCAAACUGUGAAGGAGCGAUUCGGAAAGAAACUUUAUGAGUCACUGCUAGUUGGGCAGCUGCCAGAUGUGUCAAAGAUGCUGGACAAAGAAGACUUCACCAUGAUGAAGCGUGCCAUCUUCGCCACUCAAAGACAGUGCCAGCCUCCGGUCUGCACUCAUAACAUGCUGGAGGACAGCGGCGACCCCAUUCUAAACUCUGUGCGCCGCAUCGGCCUUUUCAACAGCUCUUCUGACCGUAUCAAGAUUAUAUUCCAUCCCGAGUUCCUGUCCUCCACCUCUCCGCUGCUUCCGAUGGAUUACGAGGAGUUCGUAAGAGGUUGCCACCUGGGCGUCUUCCCCUCUUACUAUGAACCUUGGGGCUACACACCAGCCGAGUGCACGGUCAUGGGAAUUCCAUCAAUCUCAACAAACCUGUCAGGCUUUGGUUGUUUCAUGGAGGAACACAUAGCAGAUCCCUCAGCAUAUGGGAUUUACAUCCUGGACCGGCGGUUUCGAGGGGUGGACGAGUCGUGUAACCAGCUCACUUCCUUCCUGUUCCAGUUCUGCAAGCAGAGCCGGCGCCAGAGAAUCAUCCAGAGGAACCGCACGGAACGUCUAAGCGACCUCCUGGACUGGAGAUACCUCGGCAGGUAUUAUGUCGCUGCACGUCACAUGGCCCUGGCUAAAGCCUUCCCUGACACCUUCCUCUACGAACCUCAUGACCCCACCUCAACGUCAGGUUUCCGUUACCCCCGUCCUGCCUCCGUGCCGCCAUCUCCUUCCCUCUCCCGCCACUCCUCCCCCCACCCCAGCGAUGUCGAGGACAACGACGAGGACGAACGCUACGACGAAGAUCUGGAGGCAGAAAAGGACAGAGUCAACAUUCGCCAGCCCUGCACGUUGCCAUUUAAAAACAAGAUUUCUGCAAAAGCCAGCGGGAAUGGCAACAGUGUCACAAGCGAGAGAAACUGAACACGCUAAACGUCACUUGUGAGAUUUUGGAUGACUAAUAAUCAACCACGCAUUUAGAGAACAAAUUAUAUAAUGAAUUUAAAAUACGUUUGAUGUGAAUCUGCGUCUUCCCAGCCAGAGGGUACCUCAGAGGUUUGAAAAAUAUGCCUAAUAAGUUUUGAUUCUUUCAGUCACACCAGCAGUGCUACAAGUGGUUUGUUUUGAAGGAUAAGCAGCACACCACACAGUGAAAAUGUCACAAUUGCUGUAUUUUACUAACACUGGAUUAAGAUAGUGACAUAACAUAAUUAUGAGUCGCUAAGGGUUUUUUUAAUGAGCAGGAAAAACAACACAAUCCUCCUUUUUACCGUCUUGUCAACUUUCUACUCCAAAGCAGGAACCUCUUCUUUCCUAAUUGGAAAACAGACAGCAUCAUUUGCUGUGAGUAGCCAGUAAGGGCGCUUAAAGUGUCUCGAUUACACUGUGUUUCACACUCACUUGUAGCACUUUCCCCAGUCUUUCAAAUGCCUUGUUUGUCUUUGUAAAACCCCAGAAUUGGGGGGAAAAAAAAAAAAUUAAAAACAAAACAUAUACUAAAGAAAAAUAGCACCAAAAAUCUUUGGCCUUUCACACUGAGGACUUUGUUUUUGUGUUUUAAUUUUAUUUCCAAGCCUUAAAUUCCUGCUGCGAUUACUGUGAAUGACCUCACACUCCCACUUUUGUGCUUGUGUACUGACGAGUAUUUAUGAUUGAGAGUGGGGGGGGGGGGGGCGCAUUUUAGAGAUUGCAACUGUGUUUGCACAUGCGAGAUAAGCCUAAAAUAGGAGCCGGAAAGUGGUAGAAGGAAGAACAUUUUGCAAGAUGUAUGUAUACUAGAUGUGAGAGUUGUAUCAUUUCCAAUCUUGCACCAUAUGAACUUAAUAAAAGAGUAAAUAUAUAGGACAUGUCAACAUUUUACAAAGGAUAA